AUGGCCGUUGGUCAAUAUGAGGAUGAUGAAGACGAUGAUGAAUCUCUGGACAUCGGUGAGGAACUACUUGCGGCGCUCGAUGCUAUCGAGUCUGCAGGAACUUUUGCUUCAAAGGGCGAACUCCCAUAUCUGGACCCACAGAUCAAGGUCAAGGACGUUGGCACAAUUACUUUGCCCCUACAGGAAGCACAAGCACGCCAGAUGAUCGACCAAGCCCAUCAGGCACCUUACGGCAAAGGCAGUGAAACCCUCGUCGACACUGCGGUGCGAAACACGUUAGAGCUCAAUCCUGACCAGUUUGAGUUGGGAAACCCGGAGUGGGACAGCUACGUCGAGAAAGCCUGCGCUUUUGUUGCUCGCGAUUUGGGCAUCGAUGCUCCUGUUUCAGCAGAGCUUUACAAGAUGUUGAUCUAUGAGAAGGGUGCGAUGUUCAAGCCCCAUACUGAUACCGAGAAAUCCGCUGGCAUGUUUGCAACUCUUGUGAUUGGCUUGCCAUCACCCCAUGAAGGAGGCGACGUCGUUGUCAAGCACCAAGGGGACAAGAUGACCCUGGAAACACAGAAACAUGGAUUCUCAUAUGUCAGUUGGUAUUCGGAUGUUGUCCACGAGGUCCUUCCUGUCAGGUCCGGAUAUCGAUGGGUUCUCACGUACAAUCUUUGCAUUGAUCCUUCACAGCAACGCCCAACAGCUUGUCUUCAAACCGAGGGGGCGCGCUAUCUUCAUGAAAUCCUGAAGACCUGGAUUGGACAAAAGGAUCGUGAUAUGAGCCAUGCCUACUACAGGCUUGACCACGAGUACACACAAGCAAACAUCUCUCUUAAUGCCCUUAAGGGUCGGGACAUGGCCGCAGUUCAUCUUCUCAAAGACAUUUCGAAGACGCUCAAUGUGGAGAUCUUCCUUGCCUUGCUAGCCAAGUCGGAAUUUGGUUCAUGUGAAUAUUAUGGCGAUUAUCGCAGAAAACGGUAUUACUACCGCGCGCGUGACUAUGGUUUCCGUGAUUUUGAUGACGAGGAUGAUGAGGAUGCGGAUUACUAUGGUAGACGUGGCGCACGCCAUGAGCUGCAAGAGGUCUUUGAGACGUCAUACGAAAUCACCUCCCUGGUUGACCUAGACGGUUGUCGAUUGGUGAAAGAUAUGGAACUGGAGAAAGACAAUGUUCUCCAAGAAGAGUGUUUCAAAGAAGUUGAUCCAGAGGAGGAUUACACGGGCUAUCAGGGGAACUCGGGUCCGGAAGCAACCCACUGGUAUCGGGCUGUGGUUAUCGUGCCUCGAGAUUCGAUUGCUGAUUUCCUCGCGAAGUCCUGGGCGAGAGAGAGUAUUUACAUGUCCAUCGACCAACGAGAAAAUGUAACUUCCGUCAUUGGCUACCUUGCCAAAACUCUAUUGCACACCUCUGGCAACCAAUCUGUCAUCGAGCCUUUGAAGGAUCUCUGCCGAAAAGUCUGGUCUCCGGACCAGGGUGAAGAGUUUGGCAGCUUCCGUGAAAGACUAGCUCUUCCCGAGCCCGCAAAUACCAAAGUCCUUCAAGCCGCUAUCACCCUGAAGGAUCAAGACUUCAUCAAAAAUGCCGCCGAGCACCAUGAUGGAAACUUGUCUCUUGAGUUCUUCAAGUGGACUCGAGACCAGCUUGAUGCUGGAACAACCAGUUUUGAUGAUAUUAAAGACAGUUUGUUACGUGCAAUUCGGGGUUUCCCUGAGCUUUGGAAACGACAGGUUGCUAUCAAAAAUCUUGUCCCUCCCACUGAAUCCAUGCCGGAAGACGUCAAGUCGUGGAUCAACACAGUACAUGACGGAAUAUUGGAAAUGAUCCUGCAACAGGAAUUAGGUGCAGAGGAUGGAUACGCCGUGGUCGACAUGAUUCCAGGAUAUCACGACUUUGCAUACCUUUCAAAUCGUGUCUUGCCUGCUGUUGAGGGAAGACUUGCGGCGCCCUCUUUCCUCCUUGCAUUCCUAUCCCGACUUCACCAAUGCAUAACUGAGGGCAGUUUCUCUUCCGACAAUGGUACAAACUUGUAUAGACAAGUUGCCAGAUCCCUGGUUGAUAAAAUCGACAUCUACACUCUCCAUGGCGAAGUUCGUGACGAACGGCCUGCGAAGCUCUCUCCGUACUGGGCCCCUCGAACAACACCACCGCCAAAAUCUUUCGUGGUCACGGACAAGACACUGGUUGACUUCAUUUCGACCCUCACUCGCGUGUUUCCUGACAGCGACUCCAUCAUGGGCUUCCUCUCCCGAAGGAUCUGUUUCCGUGCUCCCGCAAUCGAGGCGUCCAAGUUCCAUUUGCUCUGGCUCCCAUUCCUGCACUCUCUAGGUAAAUUCUGCGAAACAAACUCGAUACCUUCAUCAUCGCCGGACUACCGCCAAAUCUUCGCUGCAAUCCUGAAAGCCUACUUCAACACCUACGUCGGCGAAGAGCCCACCACUGACGCCAGCUUCGCUCGGUCCUCCGUCGGAUGUUACUGCGGAGACUGCACUUGGCUCAACGAAUUCCUGAAGGACCCUAGCCAGACAGUCUGCAGGUUUCCUAUGGGCAAGCAACGCAGGCAACAUUUGCAUAACACUCUCGAGGCCGCUCAAAUCGACUGCACACAUGAAACUGAGCGAGUUGGGUCGCCACACACCUUGGUAGUGACCAAGACUUUCCGUGAUCACGACAAGGCCGUGGCAGAAUGGAAAAAGAGAAAGGCGGAAGCAACAAUCAAGGUCCAUGAUUUCAGCAAGAGCGAGUUGACUGUUUGGCUUGGGGAGGACUAUGACCGACUUAUGAAGAUGGUUGAUCCUAGAAGCUCUUCCGGUCGUUCAGCAAGAACCGUGCCGCCAUCCCAGCGUCUCGCACCUAUCAAGCCGAAUCAGCAAACGCGGCCAAGUAUCUCAAGAAACGAGGCCUGCCCCAACCCUGUUGCUGGAAGAAAGAGAAAGGCAACAGAUACCGAUGUGGUUGAUUUGGCGGAAGAUGAUUGA